AUGGAGCCCGAACCUAUCAUCUCGGAGAGCCCUACGGUUGAUUAUAGCUCCACCGUGGACACAUCUCGUCCUUUCAGCUCCGUGAAAGAAGCAGUAGCUAUCUUCGGAGAACGCCUUCUUGUUGGAGAAAUAUACUCUCCAUCUCCAAAACCAUUCUCUUUCUCAGAAACUACUACUAGUACUGCGUCUGCUACUACCGCACCUUAUUAUUCUCCUUCGAAGCUAGAGGUGGAGCUUGAGAAAACGAAAACAGAAUUGAAGAUGUUGAAGGAAAGAGGGAGUGAAACAGAGGUAGCAUUGGCAACAUUGAAUGCUGAGCUUCACAAGAACAUGUCCAAAUUGGCUCAAGCUGAAGCUGCUGCAGCUGGAAAAGCAGCUGCAAAAACUGUGAGGUUUGAGAACAUUGUUGAGAGACAAAACAUUCAUAAUAAUAUUAAGGAAGGUGAAAAAAAGAUGAGGAAUUCACAAACACUGUCUGAGAUGAUUAAUCUUGGAGAAAAUGAUCAUCUUUUUGGAGGAGGGAAAAAGAGGUUUAAUAAUAAGAGCACUAAGCAGAAGCCUAUUAUUCCUCUUCUUGGUGAUUUGUUUUUCAAAAGAAAGAAUUCUUCUUCUACUAAUCACCAUAAUAAUCCUCUUUAUGCUUCUCCUUUUUAA